UUCGCUUCUAUUCUUUUCUCUCGUCUUCCCUAGCCCUCCAAAAUCCCAAUAUUCCCACGCAAAAUUCCUGUUUCGCUCCUGGAUUUCGAAAACCCAAAACCACCAUCAAUGGCGGAAGAGGAAGGGGAAGAGAAAGAGAAAGCUGAGCAAACUCAAACGCAGCAGGAACAACAAGAGGACGAAGACAUCGAGAAAGCUUCAUCAGCUUCGGAUUCGUUCAUCGACGACGACGGAGACGACGAGAGUGAAGCAGCAGCAAGGGAAGAGGAGGACUUGCUCCCCGAGGAGCCUUUGACCGAGCAGGAAAUCGAAGAGCUCAUUGCUGAACUUCUCGAAGUUGAGAGUAAGGCUGCAGAGGCUCAGGAGGCUUUAGAAGAAGAGUCACUAGCGAAAGUGGAGGGUGAUGUUAGGGCUGAGUUGGCUCAAACUCUUAGUGCAGAUGAUUUGGAAAGUGCUGUGGCUGAAGAAAUGAGAAAUUUUAAACAAGAGUGGGAAAGUCAGCUCGAUGAACUUGAGGCUGAGAGUGCUCAACUCAUGGAACAACUUGAUGGUGCUGGAAUUGAACUUCCAAGUCUAUAUAAGUGGAUUGAAAGUCAAGCUCCUAAUAGUUGCUCCACUGAAGCAUGGAAAAGGAGAACUCAGUGGGUUGGAUCUCAGGUUACAAGUGAUUUCAGUGAAGCAGUUGUUGAUGCUGAGAAGUAUCUUGAUAUUCACAGACCUAUAAGAAGAAAACAUGGUAAAAUUCUAGAAGAGGGCGCUAGCGGUUUUUUAGGGAGAAAACUCGCUGAAAAUGAUGGCAGUGAAGGAUUGGACACUAGUGUAGAUUGGACUUCUUUCAACAAAAUGUGUUCUGAUAAGUCAUCUUUGGAUAAUGUUUCAUUUGGAAGCAAGCAGUGGGCUUCUGUUUACUUGGCUAGUACUCCACAGCAAGCUGCUGAGUUGGGUCUAAAAUUUCCCGGAGUAGAUGAGGUCGAAGAAAUUGAUGAUAUCGAAGAUGAACCGGUUGGUGAUUUUGUUGUGGAUGAUCUAUCUGAAGAACAAAAGAGGAAAUUUAGGAAGGUCAAAGAGGAAGAUGAUGUGAAAAUUGAUAAGAAGCUCCAGAGACAUUUGAAACAACGGCAUAGGAACAAGCGGAAAUUGGAAACAACGGACCAAGUUUCUGAAUGCUACGAAAAUGGUAGUUCUUAUCAAGAUUUGGAAAACCAAGCAUGUGGAUCUAGUGUUUUUGAGGUGGAUAAGGAAAAAUGCAAUGGAGAUUCUUCAAUCGCUGAGGCCAGAGGGUCCAAACGCCAGCUUGUAACUGAUGAGCUUGAUGCUGAAAAUAGAAAGCGUCAGGUUAUUACUAUAGAUAGUGAUGCGGAAGAUCUUACUGCGGAUAGAUCCUCUCCACCAUGUGGUGUGAGUGAUAUGGGGGAUAAAUGCAAUUCAGAAGGUUAUAAAACUGAUAUAUUGCAUUCUAAUUCUCUUCCCGUGAGGAAUGACAACGAAAAUUUUCGCUGCACUGCUUGUGAUGAAGUUGCUAAUGAAGUACAUCGACAUCCACUUUUGGAUGUCAUUGUUUGUAUGGAUUGCAAAACCUUGAUGGUAGCAAAGAUGAAGGAUGUUGAUUGCUCUGAGUGCUACUGUAGAUGGUGUGGACGAAGUAGUGAUCUAUUAAGCUGUAGGUUGUGCAAAACAUUAUUCUGUAGUUUAUGCAUACAAAGGAACCUUGGUGAGGAAUUUUUGUCAGGAAUUAAAGCAUCUGGUUGGCAGUGCUGCUGUUGUUCACCAAGUAUACUAAAAAAUUUGACUUUAGCAUUAGAGAAAGCUAUAGAAUCUCAAGGUUUAGCAGCAGAUGAUUCAAGUUCUGAUUCUGAUACAGACAACUCAGAUGCUGAAUCAAACAUCCAUGCCGGCACUAAAAGAAAGCGUAAGAAGAAAAUUCGCAGAAUCCUUGAUGAUACUGAAUUAGGAGAAGAGACCAAAAGGAAAAUUGCAAUUGAAAAGGAACGGCAAGAACGUCUCAAAUCGUUGGAAGCACAAUUUUCCAGUAAGGCUAGGAUGAUGAGUUUCGGAGGCUCUAGUAAAAAAUCAUAUGAAAAUGGUAGUGUUGAAAUGCUUGGUGAUGCCAAGACAGGUUAUGUUGUUAAUGUGGUGAGGGAUGAAGGUGAGGAGGCUGUUAGGAUUCCCCCCAGCAUGUCAGCAAAACUGAAAUCCCACCAGGUUGCUGGUAUUCGAUUUAUGUGGGAAAAUAUAAUUCAAUCAAUUAAAAAUGUGAAGUCUGGUGAUAAAGGUCUUGGAUGCAUCCUAGCUCAUACUAUGGGUUUAGGUAAAACUUUUCAGGUAAUUGCAUUUCUGUAUGCUGCAAUGAGAUGUGUUGAUUUGGGUUUAAGAACUGCCCUCAUUGUUACACCUGUGAGUGUUCUGCAUAAUUGGAGGAUUGAAUUUAUGAAAUGGAGGCCAACAGAACUGAAACCUCUUCGUGUAUUUAUGCUUGAAGAUGUUCCAAGGGAGAGAAGGGCUGAAUUGCUGCAGAAAUGGAGAUCCAAAGGUGGUGUUUUUUUAAUUGGCUAUACUGCUUUCCGAAAUCUGUCUCUAGGAAAGCAUAUAAAGGACCGUCAAAUUGCAAGAGAUAUUUGCCAGUCACUGCAGGAUGGGCCUGAUAUACUGGUCUGUGAUGAGGCUCAUAUCAUCAAGAAUACAAGGGCUGAUGUCACGCAAGCCUUGAAACAAGUAAAAUGUCAGAGAAGGAUUGCUUUAACUGGGUCUCCUCUUCAGAACAACUUGAUGGAGUACUACUGUAUGGUAGAUUUUGUUAGAGAAGGAUUUCUUGGCAGCAGCCAUGAAUUUAGAAAUCGAUUUCAGAAUCCUAUAGAAAAUGGUCAACACACCAAUUCUACUGCUGAGGAUGUGAAGAUUAUGAACCAAAGAUCUCAUAUUCUGUAUGAGCAAUUAAAAGGAUUUGUUCAGAGGAUGGAUAUGAAUGUAGUGAAGAAGGAUUUGCCACCUAAAAUUGUCUUUGUAAUAUCUGUUAAGCUUUCUCCUUUACAGAGACAAUUAUACAAAAGAUUUCUUGAUGUGCAUGGUUUCACAAAGGAUAAGGUUACUGGUGAGAAGAUAAGAAAGAGAUCCUUUUUUGCAGGAUACCAAGCCUUAGCUCAGAUAUGGAACCAUCCUGGGAUAUUGCCACUAAUGAAAGAAAACAGAGGCACUGCUAAGCGUGAAGAUGCAGUUGAGAACUUUAUUGUUGAGGAUUGCUCAAGCGAUGAAAACGCAGACAAUAAUGUGAUUCCCUCAGAGAAGCCAAAUAACAAUAGUGAAUUGCCUCUCAGAAAAGAUGCAAAUGGCUUUCUUCAUGGGGACUGGUGGAGUGAUCUUCUAAAGGAAAAUAGUUACAAGGAGGUUGACUAUAGUGGCAAAAUGGUUCUGCUUCUUGAAAUCCUGACGAUGUGUGCUAAUUUUGGUGAUAAGGUGCUGGUAUUUAGCCAGAAUUUGUCAACACUUGACCUCAUUGAACUCUAUCUUUCAAAAUUGCCACGCCCAGGGAAAAAAGGAAAGCUUUGGAAGCAAGGGAAAGACUGGUUUAGGUUAGAUGGAAGAACAGAAUCUUCUCUAAGGCAGAAAAUUGUUGAGAGGUUUAAUGAGCCACUUAAUAGAAGGGUCAAAUGUACUUUGAUAUCAACCAAAGCUGGAUCUCUUGGAAUCAACCUUCAUGCAGCAAACCGAGUAAUUAUUGUGGAUGGAUCAUGGAACCCAACUUAUGAUCUUCAAGCUAUAUAUAGGGUUUGGAGGUAUGGACAAACAAAACCUGUUUAUGCUUAUCGGCUACUGGCACAUGGAACCAUGGAGGAAAAAAUAUAUAAGCGUCAGGUUACUAAGGAAGGCCUUGCUGCAAGGGUAGUUGAUCGGCAGCAAGUACAUCGAACCAUAUCAAGAGAAGAAAUGCUUCAUCUGUUUGAAUUUGGGGAUGAUGAGGGUGCUGAUGUGAUUCCAGAUUUGGGUGAACUAAAUACUACUGACCAUGUUGGUAGCUUUUUGAGACAGAAAUUGCCUCUUCCAAAUGGAGGUGUCUCCUCUGACAAGUUCAUGCAAACAUUGAUUGACAGGCAUCAUCCAAGUUGGAUUGCACAUUACCAUGAACACGAGACCCUCUUGCAAGAGAAUGAGGAGGAGAAGCUAUCCAAAGAAGAACAAGAAAUGGCUUGGGAAGUAUAUCGGAGAAGUCUCGAGUGGGAGGAGGUACAGCGAGUUUCACCUGAUGAACCUACAUUCGAGAGACAACAACCUUCCCAGAAUGGCUCUGCAAUUGAUAGGAAGCCUGCAAUCUCCAACAAACCACCCCCUGUGCGCGAGAACAGGCUAACCAUUAAGCUCGCACAGAUUGUUGAGACUGCAAGAAACCAUGCAAAGGUUCGAAAAUGUACAAACCUAUCGCACAUGCUUACGCUCAGAAGUCAGGGCGUCAAAACGGGUUGCACUACUGUGUGUGGAGAGUGUGCUCAGGAGAUAAGCUGGGACAAGCUUAGACCUUAGCAUAGGCGGCAAGGCGAUGAAGAGGCUGCUCAUCUUUUGUUUACAGCAUAGUGAUUCAUUAACAUUAAAAGGGGCGAUAUAAUUUGAUUAAUUUUGUUUCAUGCUCAGACAUUACUGUUAUCUUUUUUGUUAGGCAAAUCUAUAACCUAUAGAUGCCUUUAAGCCUGCAGAAAGUAGGCAGCAGCAUAGCCCCAUGUAAAGUUAAAAUACUGAUCUGUUUUAUCUAUACAGGUGAAAUGAAAAAUGCCCUUUAUUCUGCUCUCAA